AUGGCAGACAUGCUUCCCGCAUUGGAGGUGGCUUUUGUGGAUCGGUUUUGGAAGUGGGACGACGGCAAGGGCCUUCCCGCGAAGCCCCGAUGGUGUCCACUUACCACAGCCCAGCAGAAAGACAUUCAUGAAGAGAGCACUUCAUUGACCCUUCUGCCGGACAAUCGAACAUUUCAGAAGGUUGCAGUGUAUGAUUCCGGGAUCAAGCUUUUCCAGUCCGAGGGGAUGUGGAACGUUGAGUCUUGGUCUUAUGUGCGAGCUUUGGCCCGGCCAAUCGGCCCGGACCUUGUACUGAGCGUGCACGCCGACCACAUGACGACGGAGCAAUACUUGAAGUUCGACUGUCGUUCCUGCGUCUCGGGGCGGCUUCUCUUUCAUCUCUUUGUGACCGACAAGGAGAACUUGUCCAUGAACGUCUUGGGAAUGAGGAUCAAGCGGCGCUGCGUCGAUGAGAAACUCAUCAGUCCUCAGCAGCACGUUCGCCUGGUCAGCUCAGUAACCGGGGAGCUCAUGAGCUGCGAGAUAGGGUUCCUCUGGGGCCCACGAGUCCUUGCCGGCCUCAAGCCGCGCAUGCGACUGGUUAAGAAGACCAGGUUUUCCAAAGUGGAAACCAUCCUGGCAGAGGCCAGCGGCGGUGCUCUGUCCAGGUCGAUGGAACGCUUGUACAAGCUCUUGUCGGACUCAGGCUUGAUGUACGAACAGAAAAUCAACUCCAAAUUCAUUGGCGUACAUACGGCCAACAGGGACGGGGCCGGGGUGAGUGCAAAGCACGUCCAUGACCUCCUCGGCGACCUAGUGUCGCUGGGGUGGUCUCAAGCCGAGUUUCGCGGCAUCUGUGUGGAAGUGGCUGAUGCUGAGCGGGCAUUCAUGUUUAAGUACAACAAUGACCUCGCCCAGCAGUCGGAUGGGCAGAUUCCAUGCUUCCAAUCGGACAGCAUGCUGAAGUUCUGCACCAUUGCAGGAUCCCAUACCAACCAGGUCCUGCGGUGCUUCCAAUCCAGAGUCGCAAGCACCGCACAGCACGUAUCGGAUGGCACGCAUCUGAACGUGGACAAGCUGCGGGCUCACGACGAGGACUUCCACGAGGCCGUCUCGGAAGGAGCCGUAUGGCGGGUGGUAUCGCAGGCCGUUCCGCAGCGCUUUCCGAGCUUCUGCGCUCUGGCACAGUCUGCUGCAAACGCAGCCGGGCACUUGGCCCGGGAAGAGUCCGAACUGCACCUCUGCCGCAAAAUACAUGCGGAGGUCGCGAGGCAGCAGAGCCAGGGCAAGGACUUCGUGGCCUACAACGAUGUGAAGGACGCAGUCCUGCGGUCCAAGCCGCGUGCAGCAGGCACGGUUCCAGCCCUGUUCGUCUUUACACUGCGGUACUCGGGCGGGCAAGCCGGGCAUCUUCUGCAAGAGACGGAGAGAUUCGUCCGUGGCCAAGGACACAACAGUCGUGCUUUGGGACCCGAUGUCUUCGAAGCUUUGAAUGUGGAAAGCAGAGGCAGGGACCCGCAAGCCCAACUACGACAUAUGAUUCUGCACUUUGCAUACACCGUCGAGGAUGCCAGGGCCUUGACCAUGACGGACAUCAAAAAACUGCUUUCUCCCAGCAUGGAUGCGAAGACCGGCAGAGUGGUCCAAAUCCUCACGGACUGCAAGGACCUAUGCUCCAAGCACGCGGUUCCAUCUCAUAUCGCUCUGAAGGCAUUGGGCUUUCUCCAGGUGCACAUGAUUGCGGUGCUGCUUCAGAAGAAGAAGAUCCAGAAAUUCGACACAGUGGACGAGGCGGCCGAGGACUGCGUGAACACGAUUUUGCGAGACGCCAAGCUGAGUUUCCCGAACCCGUACCAGCACAAGGCAAGUAGUUCCUCGCCGUCGGGUAAGACAGGCAAAAAUGACCAGGCCAUGGUAUCCGCCGGCUUCGACAUCGGCCAAGACGUUCUCCGGAAGAGCGACUCCGCCAAAGCCAAGAUCCAGGCCAUGAGCGCCACCGAUGUGACGCUCCUGGUGGGGAAGGAUGUCGUCAAAGUCCCCGCGAAAAACUUCUUGGCAGGCGAGUGGAAACAGUUUACCGCAAAGGCCGAGGCUUUGGCGGUGCCCUUUUUGGAAAUCCCCGUGAACUCCCUAGACUUCGAGAUCCAGCUGUGGAGGGCGAAAAUCCUGGAGCACAUGACCGCUGAGGAAGCCACCGGCGCGAAGCACUAUGACGCCCUGGAGGUGUUCCUCAAGCCGUCCAAGGAUGUCAGGACCACCAAGAAGUUCGACAAGGGCAUGUUGCAAAUUGUUGCCAGCACGCAUCGAAUCGAUCUGAAGCCAGCCGGCAGCAGUGUUGGCUCCAGCAUCUGCUGUGGCACGGCAGACAUCCAGGGGGAGAUCUACGACAUCCUGCUCAGCUCUUGCCUGCAGCAGACCCCGAAGCAGGUGUUGCACCCGUUCUGGGUCUUGCGGACCUCCACGAACGUUGCAGAAUGCAACAUGGAGCUCGUCGUGAACGCAGGCGACUCUUUGGUUUUGUACAAAGCUGCGACAGCUGCGAAGCCGGUCGAGCAGAGCAUGUGGGUUCGCUUGACCACGGGCUCGCAGACAGCGAAACAAGAUCGGAUUAUCGUCCUCAUCUCUUCAGACCCGCGCACAGGGCCGAUGGCAAAGCCGACCGAGAUGCAGCAGGUCUGGGCGAUUACGGGGGGAAUGUUGAAGAAAAAAAAGUGGCUGGUCAAGACCAAGGAGGUAGAGGACAAGCUGUUUCUUCAGAUCGACAAAUGGGACCGCUCCUUUGUCCAGUUUGUGACGGGCAACACUGUCCAGCUGAAGAAAGAGAAGGACCCACACCAUCUCAGCAUCAAGGCCUUUCAAGAAUUGCUCGACCUGCGGAAGGAGGCGUGUGACCGCGCGUACAACCGGCACAUUCGGGAUGCCGCGGCUACUGCGGGCGACAAGGAGCCGCAAUAUCGAAAUGCUCGAGAAGCCGACGUCUACGUGGCAGGCCGGACGGUGGUGAUGGAGUGUCCAGAGGUGGUUUUCGGGGGGGAUACGAUGCCUGCUCGGAACAUUGCGGCCAUUUGGUCGGUGAAAGAUCCCGUGCUAUGGAUGGAGCUUACCCCAGAGAACUUGGAUUACCUGGGGUUGUUCAUGCGGCGCGGCUUGAUGGAGCAUCAAGAGAGCGACGCACCGAUUCGUCGUCGCAAGAAGCUUCGUGGGGAGGAAGCACGUCCCAUUGAUGCUGGCUCCCCCAAAAGGAAGAGCCGCCGCGGCCGCAAGCGCAAGGCACCCAAUAGCGAAGAAGCGGCGCCGUUGCAGGAGGAAUCCCCCCCGCCAGUCCCUGAGGAGUCCGACUCGAAUGAGGUUGUAGUCAACGGCAUCAUCAAUGGCUCCUAG